CAGGUACACCAAAUAUGAAGCAUGUGGUGCUGCUACGCCGGAGAGUGGAGUUGUGUAUUAAGAAGUUGUGUGUUGUUAUCAAAGGCGGAGAUGGUCGCACCUUCGCCUCGCAAUAUAUAGACCACUUCAACCGCGUACUGACUACAGGGUCUCUAGCAGUCUUCCGUAAGCUAGUACUGGCUGCACUGACUAGUAUCAUCGAGCACAGACGUAUGUCGCGCAUGCACGCGGCGGUGUUUGGCGAUAGUCACACACACGGGUUAGUGAGCAGUCCUUAUGCAGAGAUGGAAGCCAUUUUAGCAGCCGCGGAUCAGGCAGAAGAUGACUCCGCAGGGGAUUCGUUUGAUCCGUUUGGUGAAGAUCUAGACGAUGCACUACUGCAGAUGGACCUGUCAUUUGACGCACAACCCACAAUAACGGAUGAGGUCAAGCAAGCGUGGGACGCAGUGGAUAAAGAGGACAUGCAAACAAUGCACACUAAUCUGACAGGUGUCAUUGAAAGCCUCUCCCGUGCCACUCCUAUGCAUAAGGCAGCCGCAAGACUCGACCUCUUGGCUGCAUAUGCAAGGUGUAUGGCUGAGUUGUAUCCUGCUCUGGUCGAACGCGGUCUCUAUCGACAGGCGGACAUCUUCACUCUAUUUGGACCUCGCCUUCUAACAGAUACGCUCCGGAAAGGAAGUACCCAGAACAUUCCAUUGGUCUACACGGGACAGUUGUUGCAGUCGUGGCCUAGUGCGUGCGCACUCCCCGAGGCCAUGGCUGUGGCGCUGUGGGUGAUGGCGACCUUUUCGGACAGAACUGUGGUCACACGCCCUAUAUUGGU